AUGGCUGCUGUGGUAGAAGCUGGGCAUGCCGCCAGCAAACAGAAGACAGAGGCACACCAGACGAAGCAGGAGUUUCUUGCAGUGUUCGAGAAGCUGCGUGAUGAGCUGCUGGAGGACUCGAUCCUUGCUGGGCAGCCGGAGUCCUCCAAGGACUGGCUCCGCACGAUGCUGGACUACAACGUUCCCCAUGGCAAGUUGAAUCGUGGCAUGGCGGUGCUUGACGUCCUGCUGGCUGCCAGGGGCGGGGACGUGACCGAGAAGGAGCGCGAGGCUGCCAAUGUCCUGGGCUGGUGCAUCGAGCUGGUACGUGUGCAGGCGGUCAUUGUAUUCCUUCCGGCCCUGCAGACCCGCGCCACCGCACAGCUGGACCGUGACGUGGCCAGUAUCCUGAACCUCACCAAUGGAGCCCCCGAUCCGCGCCCUGCCGACAUCUCUAGGACCGUGCUAGGCAUCAUCCUGGGCGGCGGCGCCGGCUCCCGCCUGUACCCCCUGACCAAGCAGCGCGCCAAGCCCGCGGUCCCGCUGGGCGCCAACUACCGCCUGAUCGACAUCCCCGUCUCCAACUGCAUCAACUCCGGCGUGAACAAGAUCUACUGCCUGACCCAGUUCAACUCCGCCUCGCUGAAUCGCCACCUGUCCCAGGCCUACAACUCCAACGUGGGCGGGUACAACUCGCGCGGCUUCGUGGAGGUGCUGGCCGCCUCGCAGACCACAACGCAGAAGAACUGGUUCCAGGGCACGGCCGACGCGGUGCGGCAGUACCUCUGGCUGUUCGAGGAGGCCACGCGCGGAGGUGUGGAGGACUACCUCAUCCUCUCCGGCGACCACCUGUACCGCAUGGACUACUCCGAGUUCGUGGCUGCGCACCGCCGCGCGGGCGCGGAGAUCACGGUCGCGGCGCUGCCCUGCAUCGAGAAGGAGGCUGAGGCGUUUGGCUUGAUGAAGAUCGACGACUCAGGGCGCAUCCUGGAGUUUGCCGAGAAGCCCAAGGGCGACGCACUGCGGGCGAUGCAGGUGGACACCACCCUCCUGGGCCUGGACGCUGAGACGGCCGCACGCAAGCCGUACAUCGCGUCCAUGGGCAUCUACCUGUGCAAGGCCAGUGCCAUGCACCACCUGCUCACCGAGCGCUUCACCACCCAGAACGACUUUGGGUCGGACAUCAUCCCUGGCGCCAAGGAUCUGGGCAUGCACGUCCAGGCCCACCUGUUCAAGGGGUACUGGGAGGACAUCGGGACCAUCCGAGCCUUCUACGAGAGCAACCUGGGCCUGACCGACAGCCCCAACCCCAACUUCAGCUUCUACGACAAGGAUGCGCCCAUCUACACCAUGUCGCGCUUCCUGCCCCCCUGCAAGGUCCUUUCCGCAGAGGUGGAGAUGUCCAUCCUGGGCGACGGCUGCACCGUCAACCAGGGCUCCCGCAUCGUGCACAGUGUGAUCGGCCUGCGAUCCCGCAUCGGCCAGGACUGCCUGAUCGAGGACACCAUGCUCAUGGGCGCAGACUACUACGAGCAGGGGGCGGAGCUGGACGAGUGCGCGCGCCUGGACAAGUGUGUGCCCAUCGGCGUCGGCUCCGGGUCCCACAUCAAGGGCGCCAUCGUGGACAAGAACGCUCGCAUCGGACGCUUCUGCAAGAUCAUCAACGUGGAUGGCGUGGAGGAGGCCAACAUGGAGCAGCAGGGUUACGUGAUCCGCGACGGCGUGGUGGUCAUCAUCAAGGACACCACCAUUGACGACGGCACCAUCAUCUGA